AUGCUUUCUAUGGUGUCGGAAGGUUGCGCGCGCACGAUCCUACACUACGCUCUCGGUAUUCGGCAGGCACUCUCGCUCGAGUCGAGACGAGCCUCGGACGUUGUAGUAAACGUUUUGACGGAGGAGCGAGUCGACGAAACUUUCGCACGUGAAGUGACUGAGACGUCAUGUCUGCGGUCUCUCAGACCCGAAAGGCCUCAUGUUAUGAGUCUCAAGGUUCCGAGGGCCGAGAGGCGAGCCUCAUGUGACGUCAUUACUCAUCAAGAGUUAUCGGUCCUCGGAUGA